GUUUAAAUAUGUACUAUGACAGAAACCAAGCACACACCUCUCCAUUUGCUCUCCAACAAGAUACGGUUACAGAUGCUCCUGAUAUUGAUGAAGCGCAGGACUGUGUAGGAUCACAACAACUACAGUUUCAGAAGGUGGAACCGAGACCAAAUGUUGAAUCAGCACACGCCACCAGCCGUGAUGAUGGCUAUUGUCUGGUCACCAGGGACAAAUGAGAACUUUCACCAUGACGAGACCCUGCAGUACCUCCUCAUUCUUUGCACCAAAGUGGCUUUAAACACGUUCGUGUUGUACUUCUGGAGGAGAAGCAUUCUCAAGUCCCUCCUAGGGAUCUGCAGUGUCUCCAUGUACGUGGCGGACGUCCUACUGGUCUGCGCCGUCUCCAGCGCAUGGAUCCUCAGAGAGAACCUGCCCACCUCCACUUCAAUGUGCUUUAUCCUGGCUCACGGAUCCACCAUCUACGCCCUGCUCCCUCUACCAAUUCUCAUCGGCGGGGUGUUUGACUAUGCCAGUUACCCAAACCUAGACAUAACCUACUGCUCUCGACGCAGAGUUGUCAGUUACUGUUUGUUCGCUGUGCUUUUGUGGGCAUUAGUGAUCGUCUACACGUGCCAAAGCACCAACACGCAACCUACAGAGAUUUACAAAGACAAUUUGAAGCUAGUAGUGUGUCGCGUUCACGGAUCUACUGUAGUGUUUCAGUUUAGCAUGUACGUAUUAACUGUGAUGAUCCUCAUACUUCUGCUUCAUCUGAAGAAGCUGAUUGGAUGGGUCAGUAGAGCCAAUCAACUGGCGAAGCUGGAAAACCUUUCAUUUCUCUCAGAUCAAGACUAUAGCCAGAUUGAGGAAAGUGGAAAUUCGGAAAUACUAGAAACUUCCCCUCCACUCUUUGCGAGUUUAACUCUAGGGUUUGCAAUGAACUGGGUGCCGUACUUGUUAAUAUCUGUUACAUGUGUACUGGUGGAUUUCGCAGUGCCAGCUUAUGCCAGCGUCAACCUUCUAUGGAUGGCUUGUGCCAACAGUCUAAUGGUUGGCAUUGCGUUUUGGUUGAGGAGUGACAAGAUUGGACCUUUCACCAAAUUCCCAGACGACACCUGCUUUUGGAAAAUCUACUGGCACUUAAGCUAUGAAACGCCAGUAACUGUGGACAAAACAAGUUUAUACGUAACUAUCCAAAAUGUCUAGUUGAAAGCCAUUUAAAGCUUGCAUGAUAUUUGGAUGUAGGUGCAUCGGCAGCAAAUUUGGACCCACAAAUGUUUUAAGUGAGCCCCUCAGUACACAGUCGAAGAUGAAGAUCGGGGAGCAGGAGGAAUAGGGGGAAUGGUUGACGAUUGUUGAAAUUGAAGAAUGGGGAAGGGGACAUUGACAAUUGUUAAAGUGAAGAGCGGGAAGGGGAGGCGUUGAUGAUCGUUGAUAGUGAAGAGCGGGGAAGGGCGAGUUGACGAUUGUCUAAAGUGAAGAACAAGGAGGGGAGGCAUUCAUAAUCGUCGAAAGAAAGAGCGGGGGGGGACGUUGACGAUCGUCGAAAGUGAAGAGCAGGAAAGGGGUGAUAAUGUUUGUCGAAAGUAAAGAGAGGGGAGGCGGACGUUAACGAUUGUCGAAAGGGAAGAGCGGGAAAGGGGGGAUGAUGUUUGCCGAAAGUAAAGAGAGGGGAGGCAGACGUUAACGAUUGUCGAAAGUGAAGAGCAGGAAAGGGGUGAUAAUGUUUGUUGAAAGUAAAGAGAGGGGAGGCGGACGUUAACGAUCGUCCAAAGUGAAGAGCAGGAAGGGGGGUGUAGACGAUCACUGAAAGUGAAGAGCAGGGAAGGGGGCGAUGAUGUUUGUUGAAAGUGAAGAGCGGGGAGGCAGACGUUAAUGAUCGUCGAAAGCGAAGAGCAGGAAGGGGGCAUUGACGAGCGUCGAAAGUGAAGAGAGGGGUGGGUGAGGUUGGGACUAAAUGAGGGCAAUUAGAAGGGUCAAAAAGACCAGGGUCACAUCACAGGGCCCCUAAAUUGCCAGGGCCACACUACCAAAGCCCCUGCUUGUUUGUAUAUAUAAAAAAUGUGUUAGUUAGGGUAUAUUAAAGGAAUAGUUCACCCAAAACUAAAACUGAUGUCAUCAUUUACUCAUCAUCUGUUUUUUUCAAACAUGUUAAAAUUUCUCUCUUGUUGAACACAACGAUAGAUAUUGAAGAGUGUUGGAAAGCCGAAUCCAUUUAGAUACAGUAUUUUUUGUUUCUAUUAUGGAUGUCAAUGGCUGCUUUUUCCCGAUGUUCUUCAGAAUAGCUUUUUAUUGUUUUGCGUUUAACAGAAGAAAGACAUUCGCAAAUGUUUAGAACCACUCUAGUGUGAGUAAACGGUGAGAAAAUGUUCAUUUUGAGUAUAUAAUCCUGCUAUGUUUGUACCUUUUUUUUUUAGUUUAAAUCGAAUUGUGAGUUUGUUUACUUCAUGUAGGUAUAAGACCAGAAAGUGCUGCUAUAAGGUAACAUAAAAAACCUUGACUAUUUUAUAUACA